AUGAAAGGAUUAGGCACCAUAGGUUGCCCAAAGGGAUUGCUCGGCUACUCAUCAAGUGACCCAAUGGCGCUCGGGCUCGGCGGCAGCGUGUUGCCGUGUGAUGUGCACGAACUGGCUAUGAAUACCGAGUUCAGUGACAACUCGGUCCUGCUAUUAUUCGCGUUGUCGAUGGGCAACCGGAAGGAGCGCAUUUAUCCACAACUCGUGACACAUUUCCCUUUGCUCCGCGAAGAAGCGAGUUGGGCUCGGCUUUGA